CCGGAAAUGUCGUUUCCGUGUCUGGAUGUAAUCAUAUGCGAGAUGGUGCUGUGGACCGAAUGGAUAUUAUGAAAUAAAAUAAAUACAAAAUCUAAUGUUUCGAUGGACCCAAUCGCAAAUUGAGCAUCAUUCACUGUAAAAUCGAUUUUGCGGAUUUAUCUUUUUUGUUUGAUAUAAUUUAUCAGUGAUUACACCCCCCCCCCCCAACAAACGCAUUUGGCUGUGUGGCUAUGACUACGGAUUUACUAUCUGAUUUGGAUAGUCGUUUCUUCGCUGAUAACCUUCUGACAAGCGAAGAUUGGGAUGCCUGUCUGUACCAGUGCGAGAGCAUGGAGGAGGGAGAGGACGGGGAGUACACGAGACGACCGAAAUAUGAAACAUUGUUUGACAACGAUCUCGUGCUGACUCUUGAUCCUGACAAUCCCACGUCGCCAUGGAGACACCUGGAUGACAACCUUCUCACAGGGGACAGUCCCGUAUUGAAAGAUAAAAUGACGAUAACGCAGCCUUUGCCAGUGGACAUGUUGUUCCGGGUGAAGGCGGAGCCUCCCUCCCCUGCCUCCUCGCUGGCCUCAGACUGCUCCCUGACGUCACUCCCAGACUCACAGAUCACAGUGAAAGGGGAGAACCCGCCCACACCUCCUUAUAUGUUUGGAGAUGUGCUGUCGCCACCACUUGGCACAUGUGAAGUCACGGUGGCCUCCGCGCCACAGGCCCAACCACAGUCCCAUUUGCUCCCACAGCCACAGCAACACCAGACAGCAGCCAACAAUGGCAUUGACGCACUUGCCACAGUCCACCCCACUGCGGCCACCAUCAAAGCCAGUACCAUCCUGAGCAGUAAGCCCCCCAUCCAGCCCAGGCCUGUGUGUUUAUCGGCUCUCCCCAUCCCCCAGUCUCCCAGUCCAGUCAAGGCCCUCGUACUGCACAGCCUGCCUAGCAUGGACCAGAGCAGGCCAGUGGUGCUUUCCCAGUCUGUCUGUCUGGGGUCCACUCCAGCCAUCAUCAAAAUGGAGCCUGUCUCUCCCACCAUGCUUCACGGCCAUAGCCCCACAGCCCCAUUCCCCAGCAAACCCGUAGUCCAAGCGUCCUCUCUGCCAGGGAGCAAUGGCAUUGAUAUGAAGGUGAUGAAGAGGCAGCAGAGGAUGAUCAAGAACCGGGAGUCGGCGUGCCAGUCACGCAAGAAGAAGAAGGAGUACCUGCAGAACCUGGAGGGCCAGCUGAGGGAGGCGCAGCAGGAGAACGAGCGCCUCCGCAGGGAGAACCAGGCCCUGAGGGAGAGGCUUGUCGGGAAAGAGGGCAGUGAGUCUGGUAACAAUAAGAGGGCCGUCUGCGUCAUGGCAGUGCUACUGUUCAUGACUUUCAGUUUCGGCCCUGUCAGUAUCACAGACAGGAAGCUGGAGACGGGACUACAGGAAGAUGUGGUGACUCACGCAGGAAGACGUCUCCUGGAGUUUGAGACGGCUCAGGAAAACAGUAGAGUGGAGGAAAGGAUGGAUCCUGAGGAGGAGGAGGAGGGAGGAGAGGAUGGGUGGAAGGGAGAAGAAGUGGAGAGGGAAUCCACCGAUUCAUACCAGUUUAGGAACCUGAGUGACGUGUUCAGUGACGUGAAGGAUUUGGUCCUGCAGGACAUCGACCGCUAUUUCACCUCCAAUGACUGCAGGCAGUUCAACCGUUCCGAGUCCCUCAGGCUGGCGGAUGAGCUGAGAGGAUGGGUUAACAGGCACCAGAUCGACAGGAAGCAGUCUGGAGGGAAGCCAAAGAUGGUGAAAAAAGCUAAAAUAGCGCAGAAAGCACUGCUAAGGAAGACAAACUUCUCCAGAUAUCUUCCCAUACAGACCCAUCGUUCCAUCGAGAGUCAGAUACAAGUGUUCCCUGCCGGUCCCAAGAUCAGCUACAGUGACUUCAUGGACGCCAUUGACCGGCGUGAGGACACCUUCUACGUGGUCUCCUUCAGACGGGAUCACCUGCUGUUGCCUGCCAUCAGCCACAACAAGACCACACGGCCCAAAAUGUCCCUGGUGAUGCCGGCUAUGUCUGUCAACGAGAGUUUAUAUAACAAAUCCCAUGAGAUGAUGAUGCAGGUGGAUUGUGAGGUCAUGGACACCCGGAUCAUCCCCAUCAAAGCCUCCGAUGUUCCCCCGUCCCUCCGCGACCCCCCUUCGGCUCCCCCCGCCCACCAUCACCACAGCAACCACACCUCCCUCCGAGGCCGCCACCAUCCCCACACCGGCGGAGCGGAGUCUCCACGGCAACCCUUACCCGUCAGAAGACGGGAGGCUGAGUAUUACAUCAGCCAGGGGGGCCAGGUUUGAGGUUAUUGAAGGUGAACAAUCGAGAGGGGGAUUGGAGGAGAAAGGAGAGGUAGCGGAAAACGGGACCGAGAGGGUAAUGGGAGAUCGAAUAGGUGAAGUUAGAUGGGGAUGCGGACUUAAUCAGGGAGAGUUGAAAGGUUGUAGGAGGCAAAUCUGUUAUGGAAUUACGGAGGCCAUCUGUACUAAUUGAAACGGAUGUUUAACAAUGACCUUGCGGUGCCCCGAUGUUGAAACGUUGUCUCAGCAACUCAAAGCAAAUGUGUUUAUUAUACUGAAGACUCAAUAUACUAAUAGACCAAUGAGUAAUAGCCACUUUGCAAACCUGCUCUGUUUUUAUAUUGAAGAAGUCAAAUAAUAUUGAAGGGGGAAAAAAUCUGAAAACAAAGCAAACCUAAAAGGCUAUGCCAUCACCCACGUUAUUUAACCUCAUCCCACUUGACACCCUCUUUUAUUUAUAUAUAUUUUUUACAUUCUAGGAUUCAAGUUUACCAAUGGCUCCUAACUAAAUCAUUUCUUAAUAUAUACUUUUUUUUU